AUGGUCGAGGAAUAUAAGAACGACCCUGAUUUCGGUUUCGAUGAGCCUGAAUGGGUGCGAGUGAGAGUCGCGUUGGCAUCUGAGCGGAAGCGGCAAACAAAACUACCACAAAACCUGAGCCUCAGUGUAGUAAACUGGACGAGCCAACAGUUUGCUGAAGUGGGACACCAGCUCGGCUUCUCACACGAUGUCUGCAGGAGGAUUCGGGAGGUCAUAACGAGUAAAGAUAAGGAUAACUUGAUGUUUGAAAGAAAGAUAACAUAUCGGACUCUGUGCCAAACCCCUCGCAAAUUUGUUGAUAGUCUCUAUAAAAGAAUACUUGAUUCUGUGUAG